AGCUCGUCUUCGAUAGCUGGCCGAUGAAAAACUCGGAGUUGCUGUCCAACUAUAGAGUUCAUCAUGGCAGCACUAUAUGUCAGGCUGGACGUCCGUGUGUUCAAGGUGCAGAAGAACAGGAGCAGAAAAUGGAAAACAUCAAGAUCUUCGUUAAGAGCUUGACUGGUAAACAGACUGAGUAUAAUCUCAGCAACACGGAGGAGAUGCAGAAAAUGACCGUGCUGCAGCUGAUGACACUGAUAUAUGAGAAGGAAGGCAUCCCAGAGGCCCAACAACAGCUGAUCUUCAGAGGCUGGCAGCUGAAAGACUCAGAGCUUCUGUAUGAAUAUGGAGUUGAACAUGAGACCGUUGUGUAUAUGAUUUUAACACUGUCUGGUGGAGGGGAAUUUCGAGGAAGUAUAGAGGUUUUAGUUGACUUUUUGGAACCGCAGGCACCAAAACUUUCAGACUAA